GUGCGUCCGCUCCGGGGACACUCCUCAACCGUGCACCAAGCUACACUUCCGCCGCAUCAUCAACAAACACACGGACGAGAGUCUGGGCGACUGCUCCUUCCUCAACACCUGCUUCCACAUGGACACCUGCAAGUACGUCCACUAUGAGAUCGACAGCCCGCCAGAGAUCGAGAGCAGCCUGGGGCCGCAGACGGGAGGCGCGGAGGUCGGCCUGUGCGCGGAGGACGCCGACAGCAACGUGGGGAAACUCUUCCCGUCGCAGUGGAUUUGCUGCGACAUUCGAUACCUGGACAUGUCUAUCCUGGGGAAGUUUGCCGUUGUGAUGGCUGACCCCCCCUGGGACAUCCAUAUGGAGCUGCCCUACGGUACUCUGACCGACGACGAAAUGAGGAAACUCAACAUCCCAGCGCUGCAGGACGACGGCUUCCUCUUCCUGUGGGUCACUGGCAGGGCCAUGGAGCUGGGGAGGGAGUGCCUCAGCCAGUGGGGCUACGAGCGUGUUGAUGAAAUCAUUUGGGUUAAAACCAACCAGCUUCAGAGAAUCAUCCGGACGGGCCGGACGGGCCACUGGCUGAACCACGGGAAGGAGCACUGUCUGGUGGGCGUGAAGGGAAACACGCAGGGCUUUAACCGAGGUCUGGACUGCGACGUCAUCGUAGCCGAGGUCCGGUCCACCAGCCACAAACCAGACGAGAUCUACGGGAUGAUUGAGAGGCUCUCCCCCGGAACCAGGAAGAUCGAGCUCUUCGGACGCUCUCACAACGUCCAACCCAACUGGAUAACUUUGGGGAACCAGCUGGAUGGCAUUCACCUGCUGGAUCCGGAGGUGGUGGCGCGCUUCAAGAGCCGCUACCCAGACGGAGUCAUCUCCAAACCUUAAAGCGUCCAAACUCUUUUUAUACCUGUGAAUAUAGUUUUUUUUAUAUAUAAACACUGAUGAGAUCAUUUGACUAUCAAGAGCGAUGAAGUCCAUGUAAAUAAACAACUUUCUGAUACUGAAA